GUUCUCCCACCCGCUGUGGCUGAGGCGCGAGACCGUACGCUGGACUGCCGCUGCCCGCCCCCCGGCCUCUCCCCGACCUCGUCGCCGGCGAUGGCCGCCAUGGUCGCCGCCGCCGCCCCCGCGCGGCUCGUUCCUCCGCGCCUCUCUUCCCCGUGGCUGCACGCGGUUCAGCUUCGUCCGGCGCCGGGGCGGCUCCUCACGGUGGUCGCCGCGUCGCGUCGGAGCCCCGGCGACGGCGGGAAGAGGGGCAGGAAGAAGCGGGGGAGGCGCGCCACGGAGGCCGACCAGGAGGACGGCCUCUCCGUAGGCUCCGAGAUGGAGACGAAGAGUUCCACCCCGCGUGCAACGGUCAACGAUGGAAGCGUGAAGCCUGCGCUGGAAGCCAGCAUGACCCCGAAAGACUCUGCCAUCAGAAGAGUUGCAUUGGUGGUCAUCGCUGCAGUAUUAUUCGGCGUUAGCAUCGCCUUGAAGGACGGGGUCGAGAAGGCAUCGGAAUAUUUUGCAGGCUAUUUGUUGGAACAGAGUUUGUCGGUGGACAAUCUCUUUGUUUUUAUUCUGGUCUUCAAGUAUUUUAAAGUGCCACUGGAGUACCAGAAUCGGGUGCUUUCUUAUGGUAUUGCCGGAGCAGUGAUCUUUCGUGCAGUGUUGAUCAUUCUAGGAGUAGCUACCAUUCAGAGUUUUGAAGCAGUGAAUUUAUUUUUUGCUGCGAUCCUGCUAUUCUCUUCGUACAAGCUAUUUGCUGGAGACGAGGAAGAAUCUGAUCUGUCUGAUAACUUCAUUGUGAAAACAUGCCAAAAAUUCAUUCCUGUCACUGAUUACUAUGACGGUGAUCGGUUUUUGAUAAAUCAAGAUGGUAUAUGGAAAGCCACCCCAUUACUCUUGACUCUGGUAGUGAUCGAGCUAAGUGAUAUUGCUUUUGCUGUCGACUCAAUACCAGCAAUCUUUGGUGUGACAAGAGACCCACUUAUAAUAUUGUCAUCAAAUAUUUUUGCUAUUUCUGGCCUGAGGUCACUCUACGUACUCAUUUCUGAGAGCAUGUCUGAGUUGGAGUAUCUGCAGCCUGCUGUUGGUAUCGUUUUGGGCUUCAUAGGGGCAAAGAUGAUCUUUGACUUUUGUGGUUAUCAUAUACCAACUGAAGCUUCCCUUGCUGUUGUUACCACAUGUCUUAGCGGUGGAGUAAUAUUGAGUCUUAGGAAAGCAUCAAGUGAGGAACGUGACAAGUAGCCAACAUGGCGUGGAGAAGUAUGGUUCACUCACUAUCCACCAGCCAUGACUGAGUAUAGAAAGAAGCAACAGGCUCCAUUUGUUCAAAGUUUGCAUAAUGCAACAGCGCAAGUAACAGUCUGCAUUUGUCCGUGAAUUUGAUAGCAAUCAAGCUGAUUGUGACCAAGAUUGAUGCUCAAGGCAUGACAUAGAUGCCUGAACUGAUAAGUUAUAAGUUCCAAAUGCUACAAGUUUCUUCUGAAGCAGAAGGUUUUGGGGAUAGGUGAUGCUAAGUCGGCGACCGCCCAUUGUGAGGCAGUUUUUGUCAUGGAUGUUAGCUGUUCAGAAGAUUUAGCUUGUCCUAGGCAUGAUGAUAUGCAUAUCAUACAUGUAACUUAGCAAUACUAUGCCUGGUGCGGCCGUGUAAGUAGCAAUUGAUUCUUUGAUUCUCCUGCCGAACAAACCUCACUUGUAGAAACAUGAUGUCAAAUGUAAUUUGUUUCUGCAUUUCCUAAAUGUGCAGCCAUUA